AAACAGUCUUGUACUUAAGAAGAGCUUCCCCACGCUCGACUUCCAUCAGCUCUAUAUCCCAAUCAUCUUUCCACCCCCAAACAUACCAACCAAAAAACAUAUACAUUCAUCCUAGUCUGUGAACCCCAAGAGCCGCAUCUUGAGCCUUCAUUUAACCUUCUCUCAACCCACAACACCUCAAUCAACAUGACUGGACGCGGCAAGGGUGGCAAGGGUCUCGGAAAGGGCGGUGCCAAGCGCCACCGCAAGAUUCUUCGUGACAACAUCCAGGGUAUCACCAAGCCCGCAAUCAGGCGUCUGGCGCGUCGUGGUGGUGUCAAGCGUAUUUCUGCCAUGAUCUACGAGGAGACGCGUGGUGUUCUCAAGUCUUUCCUGGAGGGUGUCAUCCGUGACGCCGUUACCUACACAGAGCACGCCAAGAGGAAGACUGUCACAUCGCUCGAUGUUGUCUACGCUUUAAAGAGGCAGGGCCGCACCCUGUACGGUUUCGGCGGUUAGGCGCGUUUUCCCUGUUCACGACUCUUCUUUUUCCUGUUGUCACGACCUCCAUUAUGGAAUUUCUUUACACUUGGUUUUUGAGUGCGCCUGCGAGCGCGCUGUGGGUAGCAGCCACUACUACAUGCGAUGGGCUAGGGCGAGUGGGUUGAGCGAAUUCUUUUGGGUUUUGGUCUUUGUCUUCGGUUUAUAUUUGUCUGUACCAUAAGGGGAUACGUCAAUCUGGUGUUUAGUGGUUGAGGAUGGUAAUUGAUUCCCCCGUCUGCCUUGGAGUUUGAGGCGGU